CGAGCAGGCACAAGCCAAAAUGUGAACGGGGUAAAAAAGUGUAUCUGUAGUGACGAAUCCUUGAGCCGUAGUUUUCCCAAUGUUCGCCACAGUAGACUGUGCGCAGCCUUCACUCCAGUCAUCCUGGCGAGCCGUGGCUUAGGCUAACCAUACUUUCCCAAACUCCUUUCGCAAUAGACAGAAAUAACAUAAAGAAAAGAAGCCUGAGGAGGAAACUGGAGCUAAAAAUCGUCAUUCGAUUGAAGCUUUUGGGAGAGUUCUUUAUUCUUUCAAACUUUACGGGAAGAAGGCGAGGAGUACAUAAUGCAGGCUCGUUACUCAGUCUCCAGCCCCAACUCUUUGGGCGUCGUACCUUACAUUAGCAGUGACCAGAGCUAUUACCGGGCCGCAGCUGGUGGAGGGUACACCGGGAUGCCUGCUCCCAUGAGUAUGUACUCUCACGCGGCCCAAGACCAAUACCAGGCCAGUAUGGCGCGUGCUUACGGACCGUACACCCCGCAGCACCAGCCCAAGGACAUGGUCAAACCUCCGUACAGCUACAUCGCCCUCAUCACCAUGGCGAUACAGAACUCGCCGGACAAGAAAGUGACACUGAAUGGAAUUUAUCAGUUUAUCAUGGAGAGGUUCCCGUUCUAUCGAGACAACAAACAGGGGUGGCAGAACAGCAUUCGGCACAACCUGUCCCUCAAUGAAUGCUUUGUCAAAGUGGCCCGGGACGAUAAGAAGCCCGGUAAAGGCAGCUACUGGACUCUGGACCCAGACUCCUAUAACAUGUUCGAGAACGGAAGCUUCCUGAGGCGUCGCAGACGAUUCAAGAAGAGCAAUGUUCAGAAGGACAAGGAUGAGAGGCAGGGAAAGGACUCGUCAGGAAGAGGAGCCCGGGACAUGGAGAAUGAGCAGCCCGUUCAGGGCUCCCAGCCUGUGCGCAUCCAGGACAUAAAAACGGAGAACGGGACCUCUACUCCUCCACAGGCCGAAUCUCCAAGCCUACCUGUCCCCAAGAUAGAGAGUCCUGGCAGCAGCAGUAGUAUGUCCACCGGCAGCCCUCAUAGUGUGCCCUCUUCUCGGUCCCUCUCCAUGGAUGGUCCGGAGCAUCAUCAUCACGCCCAGGCUGCGGCACAAGGCUUCAGUGUGGACAACAUCAUGACCUCGCUCCGGGGGUCGCCCCAAGGCACCACAGAGCUCACGUCUCCUCUUAUCUCAUCCUCUAGGACAGGUAUAACCUCCUCUCUAUCGCUUAACUAUUCCCCCAAUCAGACGUCUGCAUACAACUCACCAAACUGCAACCAGAACUCAGUCCCUACAAACUCUAACGCUACGUACCACUGCAACAUGCAAGCUAUGAGCCUGUACGCUGGGGACCGGGGAGGCCACCUCGCGGCUUCCACCACGGUGGACGAGACUCUGCCCGAUUACUCCAUCACCACGACGACCACAUCACCGCUUGGGCAUGGUAACCUGAGUUCUGGACAAGAUGGUAGUCACCAUGCGCACCAGGGCCGGCUCGCGUCCUGGUACGGGGACCUGGGACACCUGGGCACUAGCUACCCUGCUCAGCAACAAAACUUUCAUUCGGUGCGAGAGAUGUUCGAGUCUCAACGGAUCGGUUUGAAUAGCUCUCCGGUUAACGGGAAUAAUAGUUGUCAGAUGGCCUUUCCCUCCGGGCAAUCCAUCUACCGUACCUCCGGAGCUUUCGUUUACGACUGCAGCAAAUUCUGAAAACAGCAAAAACAAAUGUUUUAAAAAUGAAUAACUUUAAUAUAUAUUUCCGUCUUGUUGUACUUUACCGGUCCUUUAUUCCUCCCCAAAUGGACUAAACAGAUUGAGAGAUGAGAUUUGUUCUGGUGUAUAAGACAGAAAGGCGUGUGUUACACCGAAUAACACGUAAGUUUAUUUUCUCUCUCACUUUGAGGACUUUGUUGCUUUAACAUCCACAUCUUAUACACUUGUUAUUAACUGUAAAUUGCAUAUAGUAAUUUAUUAUUAGAAAGCAAGGGACUAAAGUUGGAUGUUGUGGACCAAACACCAACAAGUGUUUCCAAAUUCAUCUCCCUUAAAUUGUCCAGGAAAUUGUUAUUUUAUGAAAAAUGAGUGGAACUUGUAUACCGACGUAUUCUAUUCAAUUUUGUGUCCUAUUUGUUGAAAGUUUUCUGAAGGCAAUGCAUUGUUUGUCUAAUAAACAGCCAUUCUAUUUGAUUUAAA